AAUAAGAGAUUACAUGUUUUCAUUUUGUGUUUUAAAAAGAGAAAUUUAAGUAGUGAAAAAUUAUCAAUAUGACUACUGACGUUAAAAACCCUAAGAUACUUGUCGAAUUAGAUAUAACGUGAAACAAAGAAAAAUCUGUGCGCCACCAGAAGCAUUAAUUUGGCGAUUAAUCUCGGAAAAGGUAGACCCAACGUUGGUAAAAUUGACACUGUUAUUUUAUGAGAGCCAUGUCUGUUUGUAACACUCAAAACAGAUAAGGGCAUUGAUCAGAAAAUCGAAGAAAACUGAUAUUACUGUUACAGCUACUCUCGGGAUAUAUAUAUGUGAUCUUAUGAUUAUUUGGAGGCCAAGAUUUGUUGGCUUUCAAAUACACAGGCGACCGCCCGGCUGUUAAGUCGCUAGGAUGGUGUUUUCCCACCGCAUAUAUUGAAUUUUCAUUUAUAAACGGUUGUGUUUUUGUCAGUGUAUAGAUUGUUUCGCGUUAUGUCACGUGAAACCUUCGUGUACGUCAACGUAAAGCAGGAAAUUGGUCACUGAAGUUGCAGCGAUGGCUUCGGGGCUGAGUUGCUUCAGUGGUCCCGAGGUGUUGGAAGACGUGAAUCACGCUUGGGGUUUGAUGAAAGAGUUGAAAUUGCUGUACGACUCUCGGCUGCUGGGAGACGUUACAAUCGGAGUUGGGUGUGAAGGGGAGUCACUGGAGCCCGGCGUUGAGUCAACCGCAGGUAACGUUGACCAACUUUUCUUGUGUAGCCGCAACGUCCUCGCUGCGGCCAGUCCUUACUUCAAAAGCAUGUUCACCGGGGGAUUAAAUGAGAGCAUACAGGAGAGAGUGGUCAUCCACGGCGUGGACGCUGAAUCCAUGUCGGUUAUCAUCGAUUACUGUUACACUGGCAGGGUGACUGUCACUGAAAGCAACGUUCAGAGGCUAUACGCAGCCUCAAACAUGCUUCAGCUUGAGUACAUCAAGAAAGCUUGCUCCAGCUUCAUGACAAGGAGGCUGGACUUGUCCAACUGUGUGGGGAUCCUGAAAUUUGCAGACACCUAUGACAACCCUGAGCUGAAGGAGAAUGCACAAGCUUUCAUAGCCAGGAACUUUAGCCAAGUGUGUAAUGGAGGGGAGCUUUGUGAGCUGGAUUUGAUGCAGUUAAAGGAGUUGCUGUCUCUGGACACUUUGGAUGUGGACUGUGAAAGGAAGGUAUGCUCUGCUGCUUUGCAGUGGAUAGAGGCUAAUGCACCACAGGAUGGAGAGGAUGCAUUACAGGCGCUCAAGUGUGUACGCUGGAACUUGUUUACUGAGAAGGAUAAGUGUUACCUAGAGGACCUCAUGGCAAGGCCUCUGAUUGAGGGCUUCCUUGCAUCUUUCUUUAACAGGUCUGCAGAUGAUAGCUGUAGGAUGCUUGCAACUCUGGAUGUACCAAAAAACAGAAUAGGUGUAAGUGCAAAAGAAAUGAUUCUUUUCUUUGGCCUGCCUAAUGACAACAUAAUGUGCUGUGACCCUUACUCAGAAGACCUGUAUUUCAUGGCUCCUCCUUUAGUGGACCUCAGCAGUCAGGAUUACAAACGCUCCACCAUGGAGUCCUUAAUUGCCUGUGCCACACCUGAAAACAACCUGUACCUAGCCUCCCACCUUUCUAAACAUUUCUGGCUGUACAACCCUGUGUUUAACAGCUGGCAGGAGCUGGCAGAAAGACCACUGGGGAGGAUACACUCUGGGAUGGGCUACCUUAACGGUCAUGUGUACCUUCUGGGAGGAAGAAAUCCACUGACAGAUACCAGACUGAAGGAGGUUGAGUGCUACAGUGUCCAGAGGAACCAGUGGACAUUUGUGGCUCCUCUUCCUCACUCUUUGGGUAAGAUGCAGGUGGUGGCAUUAAAUGACCACCUGUAUGUGGUAAACAAAAGGAGAAUGCUUUGCUAUGAUCCCAAGAGGAACCGUUGGCGCCACUGUGGAUCACUGAGAAGAGACAAGCUUCACAAGGCCUGUGUGUUCCAGGACCAGAUCAUCUGUGUGUGUGACAUCCCUGUGGUGAAAGCCUACAGCCCCACUAGGGGGGAGUGGAAGAGACUGGGUGACAUUCCUAUUGACAGUCGGGCUCUAAAUUACCAAGUAAUCCAGCACAACAACAAACUUCUCCUCCUCACUCAAACUUUACUGCAGCACAACAAAAACAGGGUCCUCAUCCAUGAAUACGACCCAGCCAGGGACACCUGGAACAAUGUCAUGGCAGUAUAUGUGUCAACCUUGGGGCCAGUGUGUGUUUCAACACGCGUGUACCCAGCAUGCCUGGGCUCUGCUCACAGCUUCUCUACAGAGGAGGAUGAUGACAGUGGCUCCAGCGCUGACUGGGACUUUGAUGGUUUGACAGAUGCGGACUCUGACUCUGGCAGCUCUAGCUCUUUCUCCGAUGAGAACUGGUAGUGAAAUGUACUGUCAAAGAAAGAAUGUGACAGAUAUAAUUUAAUGGAUAUUUACAGGGUUCUGUGUCCCUCUGUGUCUGUAUGAGAGGUCACAGAUUCAGAUUAAAUUAGUACUCACUUGUAAGAAAAGUGGAAAAAUCUCUGUUUUAUGUGAAAUCUUUUCACAUGUGUGGCUAAUGAUUAUUCACAGGAGGAGAGAAAAAAACAUUUUGUUUUUUCUGAUUCUUUUUAUUUAUGUUUCACACAGAGCAAAUGCCAAGAAAAAGGUCUUUGUUCUUUGACCCUGCCAGCAUGAAGGACAGUAUGUUGGAUAGAAUCUUAUUUGCACAACAACUCAAGACAAAUACACAAUAAAUCCUACACUCUGUAGGUCCCAAUAUAGUAUAUUAUUACGGGCAGCUGAAUUAAGAGUACUCCAGAGAUGUAGUACUACACUAUCAUACAAUUAGGGGAACCAGAACUAGACUAAUAAUGAUUGAUCAAAGUCAAGGAGGCAUAGGUUGGUGUAUCUAGAGUUUUUUUUUUAAGGUCAUGUGUAAAAUAACACAGGAUCCUACACUUCCCAUAAUGCAGUAGUUCUCUGACUUGCAUUUACAGGUUAGACACAAGACCAAAGAAAUUAAUUUAAAUUAGAAGUUUAAUAUAACUUUUCACAGCAGAAACACUUGUCAGACAUUGGUGUUACUAAUACAAUAUUGAAUUGCUGCAUUGGACUGCAAUAAUUGCUGGAACUGAGCCAUUUUUAACGUUAUUAGUUGCACCUGUGCUUUUUCUGCUAUGACAAGUCAAAAGUGUCAGCUACAAGAAGUGUCUGGAAAUCUAAUUUAAGAGAGGUGCGAUGCUACCAAGGCUAUCAAGAUUCAUUUAACAAGCAAACUAACAUUUAAAGUACAAGAGUAUCUGACCAUUUGUAAUGUUGGAAAAGAAAAAUGUGCGAUGCUCAUACAGCAGUCAAAUACAAAGGCGCCUCUCUUUGAGUUCAUUGUCCAUAUAGCAAGAGACCCGGACAAAAGGUUUGGGAGCCACUGCUGUACUGCAACCUGGAAAUGACAAUAUGCAAGUUCUGAAAAUCAAUCUAGUGCUAGCAUGAUACUCCAGAUUUCCAGAGCUUUCUAGCCUGCAAGUCAGCUAUCUUGACAUCUUCCAACAUCUACUGCUAACUUGAAGCUUCAAUGCAAGCAGUGUAGUGGGCUGGAAACAGCUGUGAGACUUAUCCUUUCUCUGACGGGUUAGAAAGAUGAGGCUUGCUCUGAAAUUUCAUAAGAAUAUCUCUGUACUACAGGCAGGCUGUUCAGUGAGUCUGAGUCACCUCUGACAGCACUUCACCAUAUUUCAACUCAAAAUAUUAUAAGAAAGUAACAUACUGUAGCUUUAAUUGGUUCUUUUGACUGACCCUUCCGGCUGGAUGACCACCCACAUUCUUCCCACUCAGUUUGUAAAGCAGGCUUUCUAUUAAACAAGUGUACACUCCAAACCUAACUUAAGAUACCCAGGUAGAGUUAGCGGAGAACUUUUUUAGACUUAAGAAAGCUCUUCCAGAGCUACAAAAUACAUUAUACAUGAAACAGUCUACACAUGUUGAGUAGUACUCCCUAUGAUUAGUAAUGUCAAAUUGGUGGAGCAUCCCUUUUAAUGCUUUAAGACUCCGUGCUAGUGCUUGUGUUGUGUUAUAUAAAGUUUAUGACCAAAAUGUUUGCCAAUAGCAUGCUAUUUAGCUUCAAUGCAGGAGCUCACCUGCCUAUACUUGGUGUAAAAUCACAACUGUGACUUUGGGACAGUAGGCAGCUCAAGUGCCUCAUGUAUAUGACUUCAGACACAACUGGCCAUAUACAGGGCUUUAAAAUAUGUGGCCCCUUUUGUGUUGGUGAUACUCAUCAAGAUGCCUCACAGCUGUGAAACCUACUGUAUGAAAUGUAGAAGCCAAUGUACUGUACGCUCGCUCAGGAUUAGGCUUCAGUAAAAGCCUGUAUGCCAUCAUUGACAUUUUUAGAGAUGUCGUAAAAUAAUGUAGGUUUAGUGACAAAUGAUAAAUUGCCUACAAUUGUCAGCAAUUUUAUUGUACAUGUGUAUGUGUUUUUGUAUCUGUGAUUUUCUUUGAAUAUAAUGCUUAUUUUACAAUCACAAAUCAAAAUUCAGUGUUUUGAGUAUUGUUUGAUCCUGAUGAAUUUUUUUAAUUGGACAAUUUGUCUUGAUGUAAAACUGUUGCAAAGCCAUUUUCAUCCCUAACCACACCACACAAUCAGGUACCAGUUUAUUAGCUGUGAUUUAUUGCAUGGUUGUUGUAUAUGACUGUAUUAGUUUUGGCAAUUUGUACCAAAAUAAACUGGUAAAUUAG